CCCAGCUGAGAGGAUAAGAAAGAUUCCUCCUGUGUGUCUGCAUCAUGGAGGCUAACAGUCAGUCCAGUAGUCAACAGAUUCUCUGGAAAGAUGUAGAGGUGGGGAAAGAGAAGAAGGCCAAGCGCCACACCUACGAGCGAGCGGUUCUGGUCGUGGCUCUGGUCUUCCUCGUCUUGGCUCUCUGUGUUUUCAGCCUGAGGUUUCUGUGGAGCCCCAGUGUGGGGAAGGUUUAUGACCAUCAGUAUAAAGCUGUGCUGGAUGGUGUAGAGAUUGACAGUGUGAUGGAGAUUGACCCAGGUCAGCGCAUUGAAAUCUUCAAAAUGGGAAACGGGAGCGAGGAGGUGCUUGAGGUGCACGACUUCAAAAAUGGAAUCACUGGGAUCCGGUUUGCUGAACAUCAGAGGUGCUACAUCAGGACCCAAACUAGGAAACUACCCGCAGUGGCAGAGUCGGAGGCUGAGGACACGGAGUUACUGCAGGUGGAUGACACAGAGGCCAUGGAUAUGAAGGUGGAGGACUCCCAAGUGUGGGUUCCUGCCGAGAAGCCCAUUGUUAACCCUGCCUUCCUCCUCAACUCCAAGAUCUGGGAGAUUUGCCAGGAGCUGCCCAUCCACUGGAUUCAUCCGUCCCCCUUGAGCGAUGUCGAGAUGGAAAAUGUGGACACACCUGAUGCAGAGGUCACAGGUCAGCGUUUCACCCGUGAUGUCCUGGACCACCUUCCCGUGAACGACUAUAGAGAAGUUGGAAUUGAGCUGGAUAACCGUCUGGAUGAACGUGGCUACUGCUGCCAGUACUGUCGCCAGGGUUACCGCUACUGCCGCCGCUACUAUGAGCCCCUGGGUGGCUUCAACCCAUGGCCAUAUUACUACCAAGGUGGCCGGGUCAUCUGUCAAAUUGUCAUGCCAUGCAACUGGUGGAUUGCCCGUAUGCUGGGGAGGGUCUGAGCUGUCUGGGACUUAGGAUGUUUAUGAUGCUGCAGGUGCAAAAUCUUGCACACAACUAUUAUACAGUUUGAAAGGUGGCCCACUAAGUAUCAGUCACUCUGAACAGUCUAAAUGACAUUUGAAGUGCCUUUUUGAUUUCUUAAAAGACAAUGGUUGCUUAUAGUUGUUUAAUUUUCUUUCCUUUAGUUUGGAAGAUGUCACCAGACAAAUAAUCUGCUCAAAAAUACUUCAACACUGCAUGUUCUUAGUUUUUAAUGCAGCCAUUUUUUAUUUUAUAAGUCCAAAAAAGUUGUUCUACAUAUAAAAAAUGUACAUACAAUGUGACAAAAUCCAGUAUAUAACAAUCUAAAUAUAUAUAUUUUUUCUCUGGUUUUGUUCUUCUUUUUUUUUUUUUUUACUGCUUAUAUAACUAGGAGAUAAAAUACCUCCCCAUACCCACAACAAGCUCUCUAAAAAGUUAAGCCAACAUUAUCAGUGAUGCUAUAAACAAACAUAGUAAUAACAAUAUGCCGGUACAAAACCAAAAGAAGCUGAUGAAGACCAAGCCUUUGAGAGUUUUCUGAAUGGCUCUGUGUAUUAUAACAAUUCUCUUCUCUGUUUCUCCAUCUGGCAUCAUGUUAAACUAAGGAGGUACAUUAUAAAUAAAGAUGCAAAGAACUCA